UCCUCCUCCUCCUCUCCCUCUAUUUUCCUCUCUCUCUCUCUGUUUCUCUGGGCACUGGAGCAGAGAUGUCGGCUCCGUCGUCGUCGUCACGGCGACAGUCAUGUUAUUUGUGUGAUCUUCCUCGGAUGCCCUGGGCUGUGAUCUGGGACUUCACAGAGCCUGUGUGUCGUGGCUGUGUUAACUACGAGGGAGUGGACCGGGUGGAGCUGGUCAUUGAGACGGCCCGGCACCAGAAGCGCGCUCAGGGUUUUCAGGAGUGCCGAUCCUCGGACAGCGCAGCGCCACAGCAGCAGGUGGUGCCAAAGAAUGUGAAGGAGUCGCUGGGACUGAACCACAUCUACCACCGCACCGAUGCACUGGUCAAGUCUCAGCAGUCCAGUUUGGACCGGUACUCUGACUGCCGGCCUCGGUUUGAUUUCAGCUGCAGCAGCAGGAUGACUAACGUACUUGGAGGUCCCACCGGGUUCAAACCAGAUGAGGAACUGCCAGAACUGAACCGCCAGAGUCCCAACUCAAGGAGCAGCAGCCACGGGGGACCCGUUCAUGUUCCGCCAAACUUGCUUCCUCAGACCCUGCCGAACAGAACCGCUCCACAGAGCGCAGUACCUGGACAGGUGACACUGCCUGAGCCAACAGGAAAUCCUCCAGCCUCUGUGUCAAGUACAGACCAGGAGCGAGAGCUGAAGGAGAAGCAGCGGAACACCGAGGCUCUGGCUGAGCUGAGCGAGAGCCUCCGGAACCAGCACGAGGACUGGAGCAGCAGGCCCAAGGUGGUACGGGACAUGCUGGUCACUCUGUCCAGCUGCACCCCAUUUGACGUCCGCUUUAAGAAAGACCACGGGCUAGUGGGCCGGGUGUUCGCCUUUGAUGCUGUGUCAAAACCAGGGAUGGAUUAUGAGCUGAAAAUCUUUAUCGAGUACCCGAGUGGUUCUGGGAAUGUGUUCUCCAGUGCCUCAGGUGUGGCAAAGCAGAUGUAUCAGGACUGCAUGAAGGACUUUGGCCGCAGUUUGUCAUCAGGGUUCAAGUACCUGGAGUAUGAGAAGAAGUACGGCUCUGGGGACUGGCAUCUGCUUGGGGAUUUGUUACCAGAGUCUCUGCGGGUCUUUAAGGAGGAUUUGGGUGGAGACAUGCUGCCGCAGUCGCACAUCGAUGACAGUUUCCCGCCCCUGCCCACCUCCCUGGUUCUCUCGGGCCGAGCUCUGGCUUCAGGCUUUGUGAACAACAGCUCCAGAGUUGUGGCGAGGAAGAGGAAGGCGUCUCUGGUGGAGGACUCGGAGGGUGUGCUGAAACUGGGGGAGGAGCAGCAGAGGCAUCAGUGGGUCAGUAGCCAGACUGAGGCUGUGAAGCUCUCUAUGGGGGCGGGCUCCUUCACCGGGGAUCCUCCCACACUUGGCCGAACCACACCCCCGGAGCCCACUGCCACGUCCCCGAUGGGCGCAGUCCUGACGGUCACUGACACACUCGGGAAUGUGCACUCGUCCAACAAGGACAGAGACUCUGUGCACUCCACCACCAGACUCGGCAGCAGCAGCAGUCCACUGUCCCCCUCCACCAUGUCCAGUCAGAGACACCUGUCCUCCCGCAGCGGAGACCUCGGACUGACCACACCGUCUCAUUCUGCAGGGGGAGUGGACCAGGCUCAUGAACAGAACGUGUCAGACUCUCCAAUGGCAAGCAGCGGACCUCUGUGCUGCACCAUCUGCCAUGAGCGGCUGGAGGACACGCACUUUGUCCAGUGUCCCUCCGUCCACAACCACAAGUUCUGUUUCCCCUGUUCCAGAGAAAGUAUCAAGAAGCAGGGGGCCACCACUGAGGUUUACUGUCCCAGCGGAGACAAGUGCCCCCUGCUGGGCUCCAACCUGCCCUGGGCCUUCAUGCAGGGGGAGAUCGCCACCAUCCUGGCCGGAGACGUGAAGGUGAAGAAGGAGACAGACCCGUGAGGUCACCGGUGAUGUCACUGGUGAUGUCACUGGUGACGUCAGUGGUGAUGGCAGUGGAUCAGCUUCCUCACUGAUAAUCAGUUAAGGGCCGUUAUCGUUGAUAUUUGUGUAAACCUGAUUAAGGUUUUGUUAGAUUGUGACAUAUUUCCAUGAGUAAAAUAUAAAUAUUUACAUGUGGAAAGAGUUUAAUUGUCUGUAAAUGUUUAUAAAAUAAGUUUUUAUAGCAGAUUUAAAGAUUCAUUUAAAUGUGUAAUAUAUUAUUUUUAAAGGUAUUUGAAUAAUUUUGUAUUGUAAUUUUUACUGAAUUAAAUGUCUUUACUGUUCA